AUGCCCAAAUCAAAACACAGCAACAGCCCAGCUCCAGUAGACGAGCCUCCCAGCAAGAGGCGUAGCAUUCAUGUUUCGUGGGCCAACAGGGGGGAGAAUACAAAUCAAGCUGACCAUAUGGUCGACUCCACGCGACCUCGAAUUUUCCAACCGGGAUACGCUUAUGAUGGCAGGUUAUCACCGUCGAAAACCCUGUUCGCGAACGGAGAUUCUUGUAAUUUCCUGGCGGAUCAUCAGCUUAGGCAUUGCUCUUAUGUUAGAAAGUACUCAAAUUUGAGUUGCAGCGUAAAUGACUUUGCUGGUCAAUAUGGUGCUAAUUGCUGUCCCGUACAUGGACGGAGCGAUGAUGAUUUGGCUGUGGAUCUCGGGGGGGACAGUAUGACUACUCCGUACAAUUUCAUCGACUCUGCACCGCUUUUUAACGAGUCUAUUGUCAGAGAAAUCCAGGCUUCUACAACGGGGACCUAUACUGACAUUCUGCACAAUUCUAUACCUUCUGCAGCUGGCAACCCAAACAUUUGGAAAAUGCUUCUUGACACCACCUAUCCCGUGGUAGGCGGUAGUCUUGGUUACGACUUUUGCUCCACACCAAUCCAGACAAUACCCGACGAUCUUCAGUCAAUUAUGGUAGAGGCAGAGACACCCGCAAACUCGGUGUCAGAGGCGAAUUCCGAAUCGCCGGUCUUGGGAAAUUUAGGAACUUGGUGGCAGGAGUCAAGCCCCUGUGGCCCAGCGGCGGAGCAGGAGAACUUGGAAGUGAUGCAGAAGCUAGAAAUCCGGGGGCUAUCGAAUAAUUACGAGCUGGAUAUCAAGCCAACCACAUUGAAGCAUCGGAGGCAGCAUAUCGGUGAGGCCGAACAGAUUAGCGAGCUUUGGACGGACCGCAACCACAUUGACGAGGCUAUGCAUGAUCUUAGGAAGUUAGAUGGCCGACUACAGGGCUGGAAUAAGCACCAGAUGGUUACCGUAACCUCAACAUGGUAA